AUGCCGCGCCCAGCUCCCAAACGAACUCGGCCCUUGACCAAGGGCCCUCCUCCAGCUUCCAAUGCCGAUUCAAGCGAACAGGCAACUCGCGACAAUGCCUCCACGAAUGCGCCCAACUCCCCCGAACGAGGCUCGACGCUGGAUCCCCGGCGCCAACUGCGCAGCCAGACCCCCAUGAGCAAGACCUACGAGAAUGCAAUUGAGUCGUCGCCCAUGGGAGAGCGAAUGGGCACCGGAAGUCGACCCGGCACCGCCAGUCGACCACCGACGCGAUCUCGAGGCUACUCAUCUACUCUUUCGUUUGCGGGCCGUAAAGGUGACAUGAGCUCGCGAGUCCCCGGCACGCCGGCCUUUGAAAGCUCCGUUCUGAGCAACUUCCGGCGAAGACCGCGCCAGCAAAGUAUCCUUCAUAUGGUGCAGGCGGAGGACGGUUCGUCUGACUUGGAUGACAGCGACUUUCUCGGAGGUCUGAGCCCUCAGGAUGAGUCUACGCCGUUGAAUCUCGCCCGGAAAUCAAUGGUCCACAAGCCUGCUGAGUCGCCCUCCCAAUCACCUCCGUCAUCCGGUGGCUCGCGCAAGCGCAAGCGCGCGACAAGAGGAGUACAAGCACCAGAGCCAGAGCCAGAGCCAGAAUCACCAUCCGCAGCAACAGACACCCUCACUGCUACUCCUGUACAGCGCGAUCAGGGUGAUGACCAGCCCUCCCAUGCGCUGGAGGAUACACCGCGGGCCUUGCAGUUCCCAGAAGUCCUCAGCCAAACCCUCGCACCACCAGCCAGCAGCAGUCCUCCGUGGAGCCCUUCUGCGCAUUCCCAAACAAGUACUGCCCCAGUGGUCACUGGAGAAAUUGCCAAUACAAAGUCCAAGUCUAAAAACCCAGUUUAUCUGUCCACCGCGGCGCUACAGGAUCGGCUUCUGCCCCGCCGUCGUCAACGUCGGUCUAAGCACCGAGCAGCUGACGAAUUUGAGGUUCCAAGCGAUAGCGAUAAAGAACACGACGCCGCGUCUGGUGACGAAGAUGAAUUGAGUUACCCCUUCUCUCGCCGGCCACGCAAGCCUCUGGCCAGUACUCAAGAUAAAUUGUCCACCCUCAACCGCCCAAAAACGCGUAAGACCAAGGCGAAUAAGGUUGCGCGAUCAGCAGCCACAUACUCGCGUUCUAUUGACAAAGAGAACGAACAGCUGGCUCUUUCCUCGCCGGGCUCAUCACCUUUAUCCUCGCCUCCGGACUCAGAUGCUGAGGAAGAGACUGAAAUACGGGCGACGCCUCGGUUCACGAGCGCGGAGUUGCGAGCUGCCGCGAAGAAGUUUGCGGAGAUUGACCAGUGGAAACUGGAGUUUGAAUAUGUGUCUGCAUCGGAGAUGGGAGACUAA